CCCGUCCUCCGCCGCGGCCAGCCGGGCAGCGCGGGCGGGCCGGGGGCUGCGCCGCCGGGGAGGAGGUUUGGGGGGGCUUGUGGGGGUCCGGGCACUUACUUGGGCUGGAAGUUGGCGGCGCGAUGGGGAACGAGCGUUGGAAAACCGUGGGAGGAGCCUCGCAACUUGAGGAUGGGCAGCAGGAGAAAUCACAGAGGAUGAGCUGUGGCUACAUCCUGUGCACCGUGCUGCUCUCGGUGGCCGUGCUCCUGGCCGUGACAGUCACCGGCGCCAUCCUCUUCAUGAACCACUACCACACGCCCGUCACCGAGCCGCCCCCCGUCAUCAGCACCAACCCCGAGGAGGCCAACGCGCUGGUGACCAUCGAGAAGGCCGACAGCUCCCGCAUCAACAUCUUCAUCGACCCCAACUGCCCCAGCGCCGCCGGCACCCUGGGCCGCGUGGAGGGCCUGCAGAGCUCCCUGCUGCACGCCCUCACUGAGCACGACGCCGAGGCCAAGGCCACCAAGAGCCAGCAGAAGGCCCUGCUGGUGACGGUGGCGGAUGAGGUGGCCAAGCUGCUGAGCCACGCGGUGCAGCUGCGUGCCGACUGCGACGGGCUCAAGAAGGGGCACAGCGCCAUGGGGCAGGAACUCAGCGCCCUGCAGGGAGAGCAGGGCAGGCUCAUCCAGCUGCUGUCGGAGAGCCAGAGCAGCAUGGCCCGGCUGGUGAGCUCCGUCAGCGAUGCGCUGGACUCGCUGCAGAGGGAGCGCGGUGGGGCCCGGCCCCGGCUCAAGGCUGACCUGCAGCGAGCCCCGGCCAGGGGAGCCCGGCCCCGGGGCUGCUCCAACGGCUCCCGGCCCCGAGACUGCUUUGACAUCUACAUGAGUGGGCAGCAGGAGGAUGGGAUUUACUCCAUCUUCCCCACGCACUACCCCGAUGGCUUCCAGGUCUACUGUGACAUGAGCACGGACGGGGGCGGCUGGACGGUGUUCCAGCGGCGGGAGGACGGCUCCGUGAACUUUUUCCGUGGCUGGGAAGCCUACCGGGACGGCUUCGGGAAGCUGACGGGAGAGCACUGGCUGGGGCUCAAGAGGAUCCACCUGCUGACGGUGCAGGGCAGCUACGAGCUCCGCAUCGACCUGGAGGACUUCGACAACGGCACCGCCUUCGCCCACUACGGCAGCUUCGGGGUGGGGCUCUUCUCCGUGGACCCCGAGGAGGACGGGUACCCCAUCAGCAUCGCCGACUACUCAGGGACUGCAGGUGACUCCUUCCUGAAGCACAACGGGAUGAAGUUCACCACCAAGGACCUGGACAACGACCACUCGGAGAACAACUGCGCCUCCUUCUACCACGGCGCCUGGUGGUACCGCAACUGCCACACGUCCAACCUGAACGGGCAGUACCUGCGCGGCCACCACAGCUCCUACGCCGACGGCAUCGAGUGGUCCUCCUGGACCGGCUGGCAGUACUCGCUCAAGUUCACCGAGAUGAAGAUCCGGCCCAUCCGCGAGGAGAAUUAGCUGAUGGCAUCUGCCCCCCACACCGUGCCCGCUCCCCUGCCCCUCCCCAGCUCCCUGCAGACCCACUCCCUCAGCUGCCACCCUCCUCAUCCUCUCCGAGGGCUCGCCCACCUCUGAGGGGCUCCUGGGGAGUGACUUUGGCUCCUGGGCAUCCAGAGGUGUUGCCAGACCUUUGCUCCCACUGCCAUGACCAGGUGUCCUGGCCAGAGUGUGACCCACGGUCUGUGCUCGUGGCUGGGGCACAGAGGAUGCAGGAGUUUGGGCAGAGGUGCCCAGCAGGAAGGAAAGGAUGGAGGAGGGAGGGAUGCAGCAGCCCAGGCAGGCUGAGCACCUCUGGUCACCUCUGCCCUGGGCACUGACACCUGGCAGUGGGCUCGCCAAGCUGGCAAGGGGCUGGGGGCAUUGUCAUGGGGAACCCCAGCCCUCCAAACCCCCAGGACUGGGAUGAGGCUGCUGCAGCUCCCCCAUGGUGCUACUGGUGAUGGGGAGGCUCAGCUGGGCCAGCCUGACGUGCCAGCAAUUCCUCCUUGGGCUGCAGAACGCUCUCCCCUGCCCCUGCAGGAGCAGCGCGGCUGGGGAGGGACAACCACCAGCUCCUUACUCCCCACUGCCCCUGUCCUGGCUCCUGGAGCCCCCCAGUGGGUCAGGACACCCCAAAGUGAGCCAGAGCAGCGCUGCCAGGACGCACACCCAGAACUGAGCACAGCACGGAGCUGCUUUGGCAGUGCUGGGCAAACAGGGAGCACGGCAAGGAAGAGGAGGAGGCGAGGAAGGCUCACUUCCCAACACAGCUCUGCCUGCAGUUCACAGCCCCUCCCUCCCGACCAGACCCACUGGAUUCACAUCAGACUUUCACCAUGCAAAGGCUGUGACCUUUCCCCAGACCCUUUGGGCAGCUCAGCCCCAUUUUCCAGUGAGCCCCCUCUGCUCACUGCUGGCCUGGACACUGCACUCUGAGCUGUGGCACUGGCUGGGCACCUGCAGAUAUCCAAAGCCUUUCAUUUCCUCAAAUCCUGUUAAGGUUUUGCAAAAGAGAAGCCCCGAGUGGGGCUUAGCAUCUGCAGGGCCCUGAUAACCGGGCAGCAGCACCAGGCAGGAGCUGCCAUGGGACUGAUGUCUCCUGCUGGCUCCCUGGAAGGACUCAAAUGGGGGAUUUUGUCCAAAAAAACUGAGAACCAAAUGUGAGCAGACUCUGGACUGAGAGGGGAGGGGACAGACAGAGCCCUGCCACCCCUCACAGCAUUCUCUGCCUGUGCUACAGCAGAGCCCUGCCCCAAGAAACAGCGUCAGACAGACAGAUGGACUGAGGAGGGGAGGAAACUCCCCCUGUCUCCAUUUCCAGGGGAGCUUAAAGCACGGGGAGAUCAAAGGCUCAGCUUCCCAACUGUGCCAGGUUUGUACUUCCCUCUGUGAAUCUCCUUUUUUUAAAGCCUUCCCCACCUCGGAUCUUGUGCUGGACAAGAUCUCUCACCCACUGGGUGAGUGUCUGUCUGUCUGCCCUGACAGAGAAACGGACAAACCAUGCACUGGGAUCACCACAGCUUUUUACUCUGCCAGAGAGAUCCUUCAGAGCCCUCAGGGCAGGGAGAGCUCUGAGCGAAGGGCAUCCAGCUCUAAGCACUCCAUCCAUGCCCAGAACGAUGGGGACUGGGGGAACUCAGCAGGGGCAUUUCUCAGCACAACAGCAGGAGCCCUGACAGCUUCCAAGGAGCUUCCUGCAUUCCACUGGACCUUUCUGGAAAGGUUCCUGCCUGCACCCAUCUUUACUUUUCGAUCAGUUAUUUUGGUGGGUUAGCUGUAGCUGGGUUUUCUGAUGCUUUGGGCAGGAAUGCACAUGGAACCAUGUGCUGGGUGGGAAGGCUCAUCCCUCCCCCAGACCCCUCCCCUGGCGUUUUGCCAUGCCAGGGAGGGAAUGUUGUAUGUUGGUUUGUUGGUAGCACAUCCUUGUGUAACCGCCUGUGUCACCCAGGACCCCCCAGAGAUUUGUUUUGACUUGCACGAGAGGUUUUUAAUCCAUGCCAAGACGCAGGAUUUCCCAGGAUUAUUCCCAAGAGCUCAAGCAUUGCUCCAUGGCCCUGGAUUAGGUUAAACCCAUCUGUGGUGACACCUCCCUGGGAAGGGGUGGGCAGGGGUGACCGUGGGGCUGGGAUGUGGCCAUGGACCUUCCAGAGCAGCCCUGGGCCAGGCCGUGGUGUGUAGCAGUGCUGUGAAGUCUAGGUCGUGUGUGAGUGUGUCCAAAGCUGUACAUGUGGACUUUCUAAACUCCUUAAUAAAAGGAUCUCAUCGUUA